AUGACCAUCACAACUGCCGAGCCCGCAGAAAGUCUGUUCAACACGCUUGGUGCACAAUAUGAGGACGCCUUCGCCAAUGAUCCCCUCCUCUGCUCUUUUAUCAAAACUGUGGCAGAUAAGCUACCAGCCAAUAGCAAAGUUCUCGAUGUUGGCUGCGGUACCGGAAAGCCCGUUUCGCAUCUCCUCGCUAGUGCAGGCCAUGUCGUCCAUGGCAUUGACGUCUCAGCUGAGAUGGUCCGACUCGCUGGGUCCCAAGUCCCCGGAGGGUUCUUCCAGCAGGCUGAUAUGAGAGAAUACCAGCCGCCGUAUGAGAUGGACGGCGUAUUCGCCAUAUUAUCACUGUUCCAGCUCACACCUGGGGAUUUGGUCUCGAUGAUGUAUAAGUUUGCGGAAUGGGUGCGGGAGGACGGAUUCGUGGCUCUGUGCGUCUUGCCGAGUACGGCAUUGGCACCACAGCGAGUCGUGUAUGACCCAACUUGGGAUGCGGUUUGGAUGAUUGGGAAGGAAUGGAUGGGCAGUUUGACGAACGAAUCUUUUCUUUCAGAGAACGGCUGGGAACGAGUGCUCAAGGAGGCCGGUUUUGUCCUUGAGGCUGAGCCAAUGUCGUAUCUCUUUUCCCCAAUUGGAGAGAACCAUAUCCCCGAGGCGCACCACUGCUUGAUCGCGAGGCGGGUCGAGAAAGCACCGCUCUUGGGACCGUUCCCGUGGCCGUCUGGUCAAAUGAUGACAGGGGUUUGCAAUACGAACAGAAACAUGAUGAAGGAGCAGCGACUUGUGAGCACGGAACUGGAUAAGUUGAUGCUGGGAUUGGGUCAACAGAACGUGUUUGCCCUCGAUAACAAUGCCAAAGGUAGUGCUUCUCUCUCCAAACCUGGCAAGUUAACACUAACUAAAGACAAAAAGGGAGCUGGCUAUCAGAAACGCCUUCAUACCGUUGCAUAUAAUUGA